AUGCCGCCUCCAGCAAGAGCGACAGUCGAAGAGAUUGACGACGACGACGAUCCGUAUGCCCCGUACCGAGCUGGGCGGGGUGGCUCGAGUGGUUCGCGUCCGUCGUCAGGCGGGUCCAGGUCCAGUUCGAGCAGCGCGUCCUCUUCGUCAUCUUCAUCGGCAAAUACGUCUUCGAGCAGUCGCACGUCCGCUUCUUCAGGCACCAACAUGCGGAACCGAGAAACUCCAGCGUCGUACGGCCAGAACAGCACAGCGUCAGACAUCUACGACCAGUCCCCAUCAGCGGGCACGCAAGGCACCUUCCCACGUGAGGGAGGUGACGAGGAACCUCUCUUUGGCGGUCGACCGUUCCGCGACUCUCACGAUCCUCCUUCAUCCAGUGAUCCAUCAGCCGAUCCGGCAAGCCGCGCGACAGACAAAGAGUACCUCUACGCCAUCCUCAACGUCCCCACGGAUGCCAGUCCGGACGCGAUCAAAGACGCCUACCGCUCGCUCGCUGUAGUGCUGCAUCCAGACAAGCACAACGAUGCGUCUCGCAAGUCUGCCGCCGAGUCGCGCUUCCGCGAGGUGCAGCGUGCUUACGAGAUUCUGUCCGACGCGGAAAAGAGGACCAUCUACGAUUACUUUGGGGAGGAGGGGUUGAAAUCGACCUGGUCCGUGGCGGUGCGCGGGAGGAACCCGGCUGAGAUGCAGGCAGAGUUCGAGCGGGAGAGAAGGCGGAAGCAGGCUGCGGAUGCGGAGGCGUUGGUGAAGAGCAAGGGUGAUUUUACAGCGCAUGUUGAUGCGUCGGCGUUGUUUGCUCAUCCGAGUCGGAUUGCGAGGCGGCCUUUGCAGCAGCAGCCGCCAUUCGGGGCACAGCAGAAGCCGUCACCAGCAGCUGCGGUGGCGGCAGCGAAAGACACGCCCACAGCAGUGCCAGGAGGCAUGGUCGCCCCGACCCCUUCCUUCGCACGCACCUCCAUCAGCCUCGCCGACAGAAUCGCCAGUAUCAACUGCACGCAGCUUAUCGGCAAGCACGGCUUUGAAACCCAAGUUACCAAUCAGACCUCCGCGACGUUCUCGGGCCAGAUGGUCAGCCGUAACGGGCUCGGCGGCGGCAACCUCGUGGGCACGGUCAAGACGCACUGGUCUCCCCGCCUGUUCAGCGAGAUCACGCUCUCGUUCCUCCGGCCGCAGAUCAUCACCACCAAGGGGCAGUACACGCUGGAUGCCAAUUCGUUUUUCACGUGGCAGUCGACGCUGCAGACACCGCUGCUGCCACCAACACUCAACGUGACGUACGGGCAGAGGCUGUCGACCAAGUCGACACUGACGGGGUUCACGAGUGUGCGGAGUGGGACGUACAGCAUUGCGGGGUGGGGGAGGGAUGUGGGCGGCGGUGCAGGCGGCAUGGUGAGGCGCGAGCCGGCGGCGGUGUCGGUGGGACUGACCAAGCAGGUGGACGAGGGUAAAGGGUGGACUGUCCAAACCAGUGUUUCCGCGGUGGACCAGAACGUGUCGUUCGACUAUGCGCUCAAGGUGCUUAGUGGAGUCAAAGUGCGCACGGGGUUCAAUCUGGGGACGGGCUCCGGAGUGAGCGCCUUUGCCUCUGCCGAACGACGGCUGACCGAGAACACGCGUGUCUCGCUGGGUCUCAACUGCGCCCUGCCCGUCGGCGGCGUGACAUUGCGGAUCAAACUCAACCGGCUGGGGCAGAAGAUCCUACUGCCCAUCCUGCUCUCGCCCGAAUUCAGAUCGGAUCUCGUCGUCGCGUUCACCGUGCUGCCUGCAGCAGCAUACACCGCGCUGCACUGGGGAUACCUCGAGCCGCGAAAGCACGCGCGGCUGCGCGAUCGGCUCGGCGAGCUGCGCCGCGCCAACCACGAGCUGAUCGCCGAGAGGAGGGCCGCGGCGGUGGAGGCGCGCGAGGUGCUACGGGACCAGGCGGUCAAGAAGGCGCGCGUCGAGGUUGAGCGUUCCGGGCUCGUGAUCCUCGCCGCGUGGUACGGGAGGAAAGACGAGCUGCCCCUCUCUGCGCUCCUCUCCUCCCGUCCGUCUUCGGCUGACUUGGAUGCGGAGGCGAAAAGCGUCUGGUCCAGCAUCGCCCACCAACCUCCAGCCACAACCGCGGAGGCAGCGCAGACCGAGUCGCCGGUGUGGGACGUCAUGAUCCCGCUCCAAGCCCUCACCACCAAGGGCCAGCUCAUCGUCCCCGCCGGCCGCUCCAAGGCCAACCUGCUCGGCUUCCACGAUCCCGUCAUGGGCGAGAGGAAGCAUCUCAGCGUCGUGUAUACGUUCAGAGGCGCUUUGCACCACGUCGUCGUCGCGGACUGGGACGAGUUGGCGCUACCUAUGCGCAUUCAUCAGUGGCAGCCAGCCACCCCAUCCCCCACCGCCACCUUCCUUAUUCCCGCCUCCUCCUCCAUCGCCAUCCACCCCUUCCAAGUGAUCGGCAAUCGCAUCCAUGAGCACUUCCCACUUGACCCUGCUGGUAGGAGCCUUGCGCCGACUCCUCAGCCUGACGAGCUUCAACGCGAUCAGAUCGCAGACCUGUCGUGA